AGAUGGCUACCGCACUGCUCGCAACCGACUGCCCGACCCUCAAGCUCCUCGCGACGGGCAAGGUCCGCGACAUCUACGCCAUCCCCAACGUCGACGACGCCCUCCUCUUUGUCGCCACCGACCGCGUCUCUGCGUUCGACGUCGUCAUGAAGAAUGGCAUCCCGAACAAGGGCAAGCUGCUCACGCAGCUCUCGCUCUUCUUCUCCGACUUCCUGUCCAAGGCGCCGGCGACCAAGCACAUCCCGAACCACGUCAUCACGAGCAAGAUCGACGAGAUGCCCGCCGAGGUGCAGCAGUACCGCGACCAGCUCGAGGGCCGCGCCAUCCUCGUCCGCAAGGCGACCGUCCUCCCCGUCGAGGCCAUCGUUCGCGGCUACAUCACGGGCUCGGCGUGGUCCGAGUACCAGAAGUCGGGCACGAUGCACGACAUGAAGCUUCCCGAGGGCCUCAAGGAGUCGAGCAAGUUCGAGCCGCCUUUGUUCACCCCGUCGACCAAGGCCGAGGUCGGCGACAAGGACAUCAACAUCCACCCUGACGAGGUGUCGAAGCACCUUCCCAACGCCGCGCUCGCCAAGCCCCUGCAGGAGUACGCCCUCGCGCUCUACUCGACCGCCGCGCAGCACUCGCUCUCCCGUGGCCUCAUCCUCGCCGACACCAAGUUCGAGUUUGGCCUGUUCCCGCCGUCGACGCCCGGCGGCGAGCCCGUCCUCGCCCUCGUCGACGAGUGCCUCACGCCCGACUCGUCGCGGUUCUGGCCCGCCAACCAGUACGCCGAGGGCAACAAGAUGGUCGGGUUCGACAAGCAGUUCCUCCGCGAGUGGCUCAAGAACGGCGGCGGAGGGUUCGGCAAGAAGGGCGGCGGGAUCGACGAGGACCCGGUCGAGAUCCCGCAGGACAUUGUCGAGCAGACGUGGGGCAAGUACGAGGAGGCUUUCGAGCUCUUGACGGGGCGCAAGUUUGCCGCAUAGAGCCGCUCUCGUGUGCAGCGACCGCUCGAGCCGAAAAUGAAUCUGUAUCUCUCGCU